AUGUGUGGAGGCUGUAAACUGUUCCUUUCCUCUGGAUUGUUUCUGAUAAGUUUUAAAGUGAUUAUUUCUGCUGGCACAGGUUUCACAGUAUCUGUUUAUGAUGUGACAUCAAGAACUGUUUCUCUUCGUUGGCCUAAAUUUCCAGGUGCCUCUUUGUACAGAGUCACAGCAACCCCUGGCAAUACUUUGGGUCAUACUCUGAUGGGCCAUUUCAGUGAUGUUACACUUAUCGGUACUUUGUCAUCAUUGGCCCCCAACAUAGUUUACACUGUAAUGGUGGAUGCCGUUGAUAAAAAUGGGGUUAUACUAGCUGAAACACUGAUAAAGCAGUUAACAGCUCCUGAGAUUCCCAUAAUUGACCAAGCCUAUUCAAAGUUGAGUACCAGUAUCACAGUGGAAUGGGCAGCUGUCCCUGGGGCAUCCAAUUAUCUUCUGACAGCACAGGAUGGAGAGAUGUUCAUUGAAACCAUAGUCACAAAUUCACCAGGGACCGUGACAGGAUUGAAGGCCGCUACGCUGUAUAAAAUCACAAUCCGAUCUAUAAACACAGGAGGAAGAAGUCAGCCUUCCCCUUCGAAGAAAGCAAAGACAGUGCUCGCUGCCCCUCUGCUGACAGCAAAUUCUCCGAGUUGUAACAACAUUGUGGUUAGCUGGAAUGCUGUACAUAUGGCUGUUGGAUUCUCUGUGUCUAUCAUAAGAUCAGAUGGUUUGGGUAACAUGUUAAAAGCAAAUACCACCAACAACUCCCUGACAUUUUCCAGUUUAGAUCCAGGAACUCUCUAUACCAUCAAGGUAUAUGCAUGGGAUAUUAAUGGGAUACCUGGAGACGAUUUUACCUACAAUCAAAGAACAAGGCCUCGUGCACCAGGAGACAUUCAAGUGGUCUUUGACAGUGUGUCUUUGGGAGCAAUGGUUUCUUAUAUGCCGACAGAAGGAGCUUUCAGUUACAGCAUUGCAGCCUAUAGCAACACUUCCAAACGAAACUGUAGUUCAGUUUCCAUUUCCUGCACUAUCUUGUCAUUGGAGUGUGGGGCUGAGUAUUCCCUGACAGUUGUAGCAAACAACGAAGCUGGUUCUAGCAAUCCCACAGAGGCUGUGAUUUUCAAAACUGUCCCUUGUGCUCCGGAAUGUAUAACCAUUGAGGAGAAGGAACCAGGCAGUUUGGCUGUGUCAUGGUCAGAUGUUGACCUGAGUGAUUAUUAUGUGGCUUUUGUGAAAAGUGAUGAUGGCUUGGAGGUGCACUGCAACACAUCAUGUACCCGAUGCCUUUUCCAAUCAGAUUGUGGCUUCACCUAUUUCAUUAGUGUCUUUGCCUAUAACAAGGCCGGGCAGAGCCCUUUAGGUGACAUAUUUAACUAUACUACAGCACCUUGCUGCCCUAGUAAUUUUAGCCCGGUGUUUGUGUCUAGUGACACAGUUCAGAUUAUCUGGUCUCCUGUCCGUGGUGCUGAAAUGUAUGAAACCAAAGCUGUUGCCCUGACCAGUGAGUUACUGUGCCAUGAUACUGCCACAAUGUGUACCUUCUCUGCCCUCGAAUGCAACACUCAGUACAACAUCACGGUCUACUCAUUCAGUGAAAUCAGAGGCAGCAAUAUGUCAUGUGAACCUAAACAAGUGACAACAGCUCCGUGUAGUCCAGAAAUAUUAAACAUCUCAAAGGACAUUCUUUCUAUAAUUAGUGUGCAUUGGCAUGCUCAUAGUGAUGGAGCAAUGUAUACUGUCACAGUAAAAGGAGAAGCAGGAAAGUGGUAUUGCACAAGCUCUGGAAAUUCAUGCUCUAUCCAUAAUCUUCCGUGUGGGUCACUGUUUUUUAUCAAUGCUGUAGCAAGUACAGAAGCAGGAUACAGUUUACCUAGUUACAGUGUCCCAUUAGAGACAGAUCCUUGCUGCCCAGCUGAUCUUUCAGUAACUCAAGUGACACAAUCCGUAACCAAUAUCAGCUGGUCUCCUGGGACUGGUGCAAAGACAUACAUAACCAUUUUGGAAUCAGACCAAAGACAAGCCCGGUGUCAUACUCUCCAAACCUCUUGUCUCCUGGGGUGCAUUACUUGUGGAACUAACUACACUGUAACUGUCAAAGCAGUUAGUGAAACGGGUUUGAUCUCUGACUGCAUAUACAAAGGAUUUUCUUCUAGUGCUUGCUGUCCCUCUGGGGUUAAAUUAUACAGACUGGGCAACAAUAGUAUAAGAGUAUAUUGGCGCAGUUCAAAAGAGUCAAUAAAUUACAGCACAAAUCUGUAUGGCUCAAAAAGAAAUUUCACCUGCAUCUCCACUGGAGCCCUGACAUACUGUGACAUCACUGAGAUACCCUGUGGGGACGUCUAUAUGGUGGCAGUGUCACCUCUAAUUGAUCAUAAUAGAGCAAAACUUGCAUUUUGUCCUAAGAAAAUGUAUUCAGUGACAUGUUCUGGAAACUCAGUAGGAAUGGUGAUUUACAGAGGAAGAAGUGCAGAUCAGCAUCAGGUGCCGAGUGAAAAAACUGAAACAAUCCCGUAA